AAACCCGGCAGUCGUCGAGGCAACAUCUAUGUAUCCAUAUCUACGUUUUUGCUGCUAACGACAGAAGCUAAACCCUUAGUUCUCUGCGAGACGGUCAGAAGCAGUAGCCGGUCACCGGCUUUUGGCUGGAGGAAGGGAGGCAAGUUGAAAAGAGCACCAUUCAAAACGAGAGAAAAGAAAAUGGACAGGGCAGUCAGUCUUCCUAGCCAACCAGAAAAGGUCACCACAGUGAACCUGGUUGAGACCAGCACAGCCCCCAGUGGAAUGGAACUGGUCAGCUCCUAUCAGACCAACAGAGUGGGAGACCCCAUGGACCUGGUAGCCCUUGCGGAGCAAGUGCAGAAGGGGGACGACUUUAUUAAAGCCAACGCUUGCAACAAACUGACAGUAAUCGCUGACCAGAUCAGGUACCUGCAGGAGCAGGCCAAAAAGGUUUUAGAAGAAGCAAAGAGAGAUGCUGACCUCCACCAUGCUGCCUGUAAUAUUGUAAAAAAGCCAGGCAACAUGUACUACUUGUACCAGCGGCCAUCUGGACAGAAAUACUUCUCCAUCAUUUCACCUAAGGAGUGGGGACCAAGCUGCCCUCAUCCGUUUCUUGGUGCAUUCAAGCUUCAGCAUGACAUGUCCUGGACUCCUGUGGAUGAGGUGGAAAAGAGGGACGCAGAGCUCGCCGCCAUGAGCAAACUGCUCAGCCAGCAAACAGCCUUACCUCCAUGUACGGGACCCAACUUCAGAGGUCUAGACGAAUAAAAUCUCGUUUAAACUGGACCAAAAAUAUGAUUGGUAUAUACAGAUACAUGUCCAAGGCAGGGACUAAAAAAAAACUGCCAUCAGUGAGUCACUGAUUUGUCUUCAGCUGCCAUAAAUGCAUAAUGGCGUAUUUUUAAAGAAUGUGUGUUUUUCAUUUUCUGGAAAAUAUCAAACCGGGACUCAGGAGAGUGUGUGCGUUUAACUUAAAACUGUUUGGAAUGUUUUUACUGUGCUCGUAUUUGACCAAUCAUUAACACAAGCCAAUGAUUUACAUCGGACAGCCAUACCUCUACAGCAGUCGGACAUCAACGCGCUUUGGACACAGAGAAAAACUUCAGAGAAUAGAAAAGUGUUUACAUUUUCAACAGGUGCAGUUUGUAGGUCUAUGUCUUUCUGGAAUUCUGUUCGAAAAGUAAAACUCGUGUUACACACAAUUUGUUACACACAGAGACAUGCAUUUCAAGUGUUUACUUUUCUUAAUUUAAUUUCUGGUAUCAAGUUGACAAAAACCCCCAAACAAAGUUUUUCAAAACAUUGAAAUGUUGCAUCAGGCUAAUAAAACCAGAUUUUCUUACAGAAGCAUCUGCACUCAGCACUUGGUCAGGGCUCCUUUUGACUGAAAUACUGCAUCAAUGCGCCGUGGCGUGGAGGCAGUCAGCCUGUGGUACUGCUGAGGUGUAAUGGACCUUCUUCUCUGUUAGUUCUGGUUUGUCUUAUUCUUUCCAAAAGCCAAUAGAUUUUCUGUGGGAUUCAAGUUAGGCCAGUUUGUUAGUGUUAAAAUGGUCAUUAAAUCAGCAUUUGGUAAGUUCAGUAGUGUGAGCAGGUAUCCAGUCCUGCUAGAAAAUAAAAUCGGCAUCUCCAUAAAGCUCGUCGGCAACAGGAAAAGACAGCGGUCUUCAGUAAACCCAGUGAACCAACACCGGCCCAUGACAUGGCAACCCAAAUCACCUGUGAAAACUUAACACUGGACAAGAGCAGAGUGGAGUCUGUGCCUCUCCACUCUGGAUCUUGAUUUCCAAAUGAAAUACAAACUUUACUUUCAUCCGUUUUGCGAGGUAAAGCUCUUUGAACUGCCCUGUUGCUGAAAUGUGCUGUACAAAUAAACCUGAUUGAUUGAAAUUGA